UUCGGCCCGAUUUUAUAUUCAAUUCGACGUCAGGUCGCAGUGCUCGUCACCCAACAUCAACUCCAACGGUCACUUGCCUUUUCGCAACGAAUAGCAAUCGACGAAGAAGAUUAUUAAUAAUAGGAAUGCCGUAAAACCCUAGAAAUCUCCCCGAAAGGUCAAAUCGCUCGGCUUCUCCAUUGUUCUGAGCGAUCGAUUGUGCUUCCGAAGAAGCCAUGGAUGCUGCUCCUUGAUCAGGAGUCGUCGUCUCUCCUUCACCAGCGGACUUGAAGCCUUUUGAGAGAGAGAGAGAGAGAGAGGGAGGGGGAGGGAGGGAUGGGUUGCUUCCUCGCUUGCUUCGGUUCGUCGAAAGAUGGGAAGCGGCGGAAGCAGAGGAGGAAAGUCCAGCCUCGCGACCACCGGAAUUCGGGUAGCCGGCCGGUUCAGUGCACCAUUUCGGCCGGGCAAGAAAUCCGGGCGAAACCAGUUACUUCGGUUUCUGAUGUGCUUGAUAAGCCUGAGGAGCCAUUGAGCUGCAGUACCCGGAAGAAAGUAACAUUUGAUUCGAAUGUUAAAACAUAUGAGCAUGUUUCGCCUCCUGAUGAUGAUGAUGAUGAUGCUGGAGAAGAAAAUUUACAGGAGAGUCGAGUUAUGGUCGAAUCAGAUGAUAACCUUAAAAGUCAAGCUCAGUGUGCUUCUGAGGAUAGCUCGGUUGCAUCCAGCGUCAGGUCUUACCCUCCAAACCACAGGUACCAGAACUGUAGAGACAGCGACGAUGAAGAUGGGGACUUAGAUUGCAACGUGAGUGAUCUGACUGAUGAUGAUUAUGAUGACGACCACGACGAUGUGGAUGAAGGUCAGGACUCUAAUGAGAUAUAUGAGGGCGAUGAUGAGAUCGAAGAAACAAGGGCAGUUCGCCCAACCCCUAGGGAGGUCUGCAAUCCUGAACAUAUGUGCCGCGAAUCUCCUGCAGUGGAGAUAAACCUGACUAAGUUGAAUGUCAAUGCUCGAGAUAGGAGCGAGUACAUCCAUUCAGUGUUGAAUCCGGUCGAAAAUCUAACUCAAUGGAAGGCCGUGAAAGCGAAAGGGACACCAUCGCUGCCGAAGCAACGGAAGGAGAAUUUGAGCUUCGACCAAGAAGCUAGGAUGUCAUUCGACGCCACACCAGCUUUGGAGGAAGUAUCAUUCAGUUUCAAGGCAAAACAAAAUGAGCCGAAGAAAUCUACCCAAGAAGUACCGGUGGAUGCUAGCCUUUCUAACUGGUUGCCUUCCUCAGUAACUAAGCCGAUUGAAAAGAAGGGCGCAAUGGGUUUGGAUUCUGUCCAAGUCGAGACAAGUGUGUUAAAAGGAUUUAUGAGCUCACCGAGGAGCCAAGAAGAUAGACCAAUUCUAGGUGCAUUGACUGUUGAGGAACUCAGACAGUUUUCAGCCAAGUCUUCACCAAGGAGGUCACCAAGCAGAAGUCCUGACGAGAUGCCCAUAAUCGGGACUGUCGGAACAUACUGGAGCCAGUCGGAUUCGGCCAGCGAUUGUCACUCAACUGCUUCUUUCAAAGGAAUACCAAACACCACCAGCAAAUACAGAGAGGAUAAGAAAGUGAAUUGGCACUCCACCCCUUUUGAGACAAGGUUGGAGAAAGCAAUAAACAGGGGAGCUGGUCAUCUAUAAUCUGUUCACACUCAUUUUGCAGGUUUCUUGAGAUGGUUUGUGUGUGCUCGAGUUUGUCAUUCUUUACAUUCGUUUUGUAAAUUCGAAUCCACUUGGUGUGUGGUGGUAUAUGGUUGGCUGAUUUAAUUUGCUUUCUGCUGUUCCAUGUUUGUACAAUUUGAUCUAUCCCGGCUAUAUAUCCUGUGUGAUAUAAAAAAGUUGAUGCUGGACAGAUACAGUGAGAUGGGUUUUCCUAUUGAGAUUGAAAAUCA